CUUAACUAGUAUAUAUAAAAUGCUGAGCUUUAAACCUUCCCAUUUCAGGUUCUUCUUCAUUAAAUUCUCAACAAACUAACCCCGACUCAACAAUGGGGAGAAAUUUCGUUGCUUUUGUUUUUAUUUCAGUGUUUCUCCUUGGUGGGUUCUCUUCUGUUUCUGCUUCCAAGCCACCUGCAAAAAUUGUAAGUGGGAUUGUUACCAAUGCGGUCUCUGCUCUUGUGAAAUGGCUGUGGUCACUAAAAGCUCCUGCAGAAAGAGGAAGAGCUAUUUCUAGCGGUUCAAGAAUGAAAUUUGAGGGUGGAUAUACUGUAGAGACAUCAUUUGAUGGAAGUAAAUUUGGGAUCGAACCAUACUCAGUUGAGGUGUCACCAAGUGGAGAGCUCCUGGUUUUGGAUAGUGAAAACAGUAACAUUCACAAGAUCUCAACGCCAUUGUCUAAAUACAGCAGACCAAGGCUAGUUGCUGGGUCACCUGAAGGGUAUUAUGGGCAUGUGGAUGGGAAACCAAAAGAGGCAAGAAUGAACCACCCAAAAGGACUUACGGUAGACGACAGAGGAAAUAUAUACAUUGCAGAUACCAUGAAUAUGGCUAUCAGAAAAAUUAGUGAUACUGGGGUUACAACAAUUGCUGGAGGAAAACGAGGCCGUGGAGGAGGUCAUGUGGAUGGUCCUAGUGAAGAUGCAAAAUUUUCAGAUGAAUUUGACUUGGUUUACAUCGGAAGUACGUGCUCUCUGUUAGUUGUAGACAGAGGGAACCAGGCAAUUCGAGAGAUACAACUUCAUCAUGAUGAUUGUUCCUAUCGUUAUGAUGGUAGUUACAAUUUAGGAAUAUUUAUGCUAGUUGCAGCUGCCUUCUUCGGUUACAUGCUUGCAUUGCUGCAGCAUAGGGUGCAAACUAUGUUUUCUUCGCAAAAUGAUUCAAGAAACUCAUUAAAAAGAGAUCCACCAGUGGCACCAUAUCAAAGGCCUCGUACAAUUGCCAGGUCACCCUUAAUUCCUACUGAAAAUGAUAUUGACGAAUCAGGCGAAGGUUUUUUUGUUUCAAUUGGGAGACUUCUCCUCAACACUGGGUCAUCAGUAGCUGAAAUGCUUGGGGGAUUACUUUCAGGCUUAAGGAGGAAGCCCACCCACUAUCAGUACCAGCAUCAAUACCAGCAAAAGUACACUCAACCGAAUAUACCUUCAAAUGGAUGGCCGAUGCAAGAAAGCUUCAUCAUUCCAGAUGAAGACAAACCACCUUCUAUAGAAACAAGAAGCCCUACACUAAAUAACUAUCCAUAUAUGACUAAGGACUUGGAGAGAAAACAAUCUACUAAGCAAAUGCGAGCUUACUGUAACGGGUGGGAUGGUGAUUAUCACCAUCACCAGCAACAACAGCAGAUACAGAACCAGCAACAGCAUCAUCAACGGAAUUUCUCACCUAAUCCCCAGACUUACUGUGAGAAAAGCUGUGAGACGAAUGAGAUAGUUUUUGGGGCAGUUCAAGAACAGGAUGGACGACGUGAAGCUGUGGUGAUAAAGGCUGUUGACUACGGUAAUCCUACCUAUAGCCACCAUAAUAUCCGAACACGACCGAAUUACAGGGGCUAUUCCCAUGGCUAUUCAUAGUGUAUUACUACACAUUUUACAAAAUAUACAUCACUAGAUCUUAACUUCAUGUUUCUGCUACUAGAUGAUGAUGGGAAGCUAUGCCACUUUUCAUUCAGAAGGAGUGCUAUCUUACGGAUGCUAGUUGUUAUAGGAAUAGGAUAGAUGUAUCUUGACUUUUCAGUUUGAAUGCUUGUAGUGAAAGUUAUGUAUAUAACUUUUGAGGAGAAUUGAUGUUGCUUGCUUUGUAGAU